AUGCAGAUCAAGCUCAGCCUGUUUGCCACCAUCCUUUGGACGACGGCCGGCCUCGUCUGCGGUUGGCAAUGCCCCAAGAUCGCUCACGAUCAAGUCACGCCCAUCCCGUCGACUGCAGCCAGGACCCCUCAAGAGCUGGCAGCGGUCCACUUCCAGCCGCGUGUGCACAUCGGCAACAUGUGCCACGUCUAUACCGCGGUGACGGCAGACGGCAAGUGCUCUGGCGGCCUCAAGCCCACCGGCGCCCCCUCGGCCGGCUGCAAAGACACGACCAAGGGCCAGAUCUAUGCGCGUUGGGCCAACUACAAUGGUCGUUUCGGCAUGAUGUACAGCCUCUUCUUCCCAAAGACGAACAACAUGCCUGGUGGCGGUUCUCGGUACGACUGGGAGACCAUCGUCAUUUGGAUGGACGAUCCUGCCCUCAUCACGCAGCCUACGGACCCCAACAAGCCCUAUGUGUGGCCCAAAAUCACUGGCGUGGCGUGCACCGGCGCCAGGCACUACCGGAGAUACAACGCUCCACUCCCCAGCUGGGCCAUGGACGGGAGCACCGUCAAGAUCCAGUCGGCCAAUCAAGGACUCGGUCCGCAAGGCCUCGACAUCACCGACAAGGAUGACGGAGAUACCCUGCAGAUUGUGUUUUACGACUCGAUGCCGAGCCAGGCCAAGGACGCCAUCAACAAUUGGGACUGGGACGGCCAGUGGCCUCCCUUCGGCGAGGACCAGUUUGCCUACCAGCUCGACCUGGCCAUGAGCGGCGCAGACUUCAAUUAG